UUAUUUUUUCUGUUGGCUUUUGCUUCUUCUUCUUCAAAAGAACACAAGUUGUAGUUCAUCUCUCUCCUCAGCUCUUGAACCUCUUACUGCAGGCUGCAGAUAUACUAGGUGAGAAGGAGAAGCAUUGUCAGAUAGGGUAUGCAAAUCAAGCUGCAUAUCUGAUCUGAGCAUACAAGUUUUGGGAAUAAAAGUGUCAAACUUUCACAAUUCAGAUAUUGGGGUCAGAAAUCAGCAAUUUGCACAAGCUAGCCAAAUUUAGUUUCAGUAUGGAGAAGCUUCUUAAGCCACAUGAUAAGGAGUGCAUGAGGAUGGCCAUUUUAAAGCAUGAAGAAACAUUCAAAGAGCAGGUAUAUGAGCUUCAUCGUCUAUAUCAUAUCCAGAAGAUAUUGAUGAAGAGUUCCAUUGGUAAAAGUAGGCCAAAGGGACAGAAACAAGAGAGUUGGAAUUUAAAGAAUGAAACCAGCUUCAGUCAGUUGAAUUAUCAUCAGCAUGAGGCACAACAGUUUAACCCACAAGGGAAACUAGAUUUAGAACAGCCUGCAGCAGCAGCAGAAGAGUACAUUGCAGACACAGAUGGAGAUGAUGGGGUGUUAGAGAUCAUAGAUGAGAGUGAGAUUGAGUUGACUCUGGGCCCCACUAGAUGCAACAACAACAACAACACCAACAGAAGGAAGAGAGGAGAGGCACCACUAACAUCAGAUUCAGGGCCAAGUUUCUCUUCUUCUUCAACUGGAUCAAGCCAUGUGAACGGGACAAGUAGUUCCAGGACCCAUCAGAGAAAACAUGGCCAGGUGCCUGACAUGACCUCAGGGUACAGAAAUGGAAGUAAAAACAGCAGCAAUAUUGAUCCUGUUGAAGAACAAUUGAGACAGGAUGAGAGGCUAAAACUGCCUCCAUGGCUUUUCCAAGUUUUGAGCUUGAACAUGACUUGAAAAAAUAAAAAUCUUCUAGGUUGAUAUGAUAAGAUUUUAGACCGCUUCUUAUUGACUAAUUUGUGAUUGAUGUUUUGGGUGGGAUUCUAAUUAGUUGGUUUCUAGUGUGAUGAUGGGUGGCGUUUUGUAUAAAGAUCAUUUGUCUCCCUUGCUUUAUCUCAUUUUUAUCUUAUUUUAGUCGCCUAAAAGAAAUAUAAUGAAAAUCAUGAUUUGGAGAUGUAUAGUCGCUUGACCAAAUAGACUCAACACAAUUAGAAGUAGAACUCCAUCAUGAUUCAAGGACAA